UUUCUUGGAUUAUCAAUCACUAUGAACGAAGACUGUCCAUCUUUGGAAAGCGACUUCAAACCUAGCUAUUUCGGAGCGAUUCCUUAUGACAAGGAAGAGCGUCAAAAGGUUGCACAACUUCUUUCUGAACCUCUUACGAGAGACGAUGUUCAAACAAGACCUGGACCUUCUCGACUACCACUCACAUAUAUCAGUGGCUUCAAAGCGAUAGACAAGGCUAAUAGAGUAUUUGGCUUCGAUGGUUGGACUUCACAAAUCAUGGGCUUUGAUAUGAACUACAACAAGGAAACUCAGCAAGGAAAACACAUAUGCUGCUUCACGGUCAGACUGAGAAUCACCCUAAAAAAUGGCGCUUUCCGUGAAGACGUCGGAGUGGGUUUUGCUGAAAGCCACAGAGAAGCUGAGGCUAUUGAAAAGAGCCAAAAGGAGGCAGUAACCGACGCCUAUAAGAGAACCUUGAAGAACUUUGGCGUUGCUCUGGGUCUAUGUCUAUACGACAAUGAACACAUAAAAGCGCUGAAUUCUCUCGAAGACAGUACGACGAAAGAAAAUAUAACCUGUUUGGAACAGCCUCGAAACUUCACUUAUUCCAGAAAGACGUCCAACUGUGUUCCUAACGAAUAUAUAGAUGUUCGGAGGGAUCGACCUGUAAGUUGUUACCCAAGAAGAGGUUCAUUUUCAAACUCAGACAGUCAUUCAACCAAGCUUUUCAACGAGUCUGCAGAAAACUGUUCGAAAUACAAAGGACUGGAAGACUUUUUAUGUUUCCAGAGAAAUCAAGAAAGAAGCAAGCAACUUGAGGAAUCUCUUUCAGGUUUAAAACCCUCUGAUUUUGAAGACGUGGAGCACAUUCUGUAAAGGAGAACAAUAAACCAGAUAAUUCGCCG